AUGGAAACAACAAAAUUCGUGCUAUGUUUUAUUCUUUUGGUUCAUACACAAGUUUCAAGUACCGAGCUUGAUAAUGCCUUGGAAUCUUUUAUUGCAUCAACUAUGAGCAAAAGUUCUGGCAAAUCAAAUACAGAUGCAAUUCAAAAUCUAUUCAAUUUAUACAACAAACAAUAUAAUCGAAAAAUUCGAACAACAAAUGAAGAGAAACUUCGUUUGGAUUCAUUUAAUAAAACAUUAAAUAUGCUAAUCGAACAUCGUCGACAAGGUGAUAAAACAUAUACUCUCGGUCUCAAUAAUCAUUCUGACUGGACACUGGAUGAACUGAUGAAACUGAACGGUGCUCGAAUACCUGAAGGUAAAGUUCCAACAACAAAUGCCAAAGCAGGUGAACGCAUGAUGACAUGGGAUGGAAAGGUCGCAACUAGUAGAGCAAGUCUUCCAACAUGGUAUGACUAUACAAUGGUAGUAGCUUCAGGAACUAAAAUCCCCGUGAUUCAGUCAAUUAAAAAUCAACAAGCAUGCGGAAGUUGCUAUGCAUUUGCAACUAUUUGUUUACUUGAAUUUCAAUAUGUUGUUCAGACGAAGUCUACUCUAAUUUUAAGUGAACAACAGGUAGUAGACUGUUCAAAAAGCACUUCUGGUUGUAAUGGAGGCAACUUUAUUAAUACAUUCAACUAUAUACAGAGUAAUAGUUGGCAAGUGAAUACUGCAUCGUAUUAUCCUUAUAAGAACGUCGCAGGUAAAUGUUUAUUUAAAGCUACUGCUCCUGGAGUGCGAUUUAGUCCACUUCUUUACAAUACUGUUUCAUCAAAUAAUGUCGUUGGUAUGCAACAAGCUUUAAUUUAUUAUGGACCUUUAUAUGUGGCAUUUUUUGCUGGUUCUAAUUCGUCCCCUACAUAUAUAUCGAUCUUAAAUAAAUUUUCAUCUUAUCAAGGUGGAAUUUGGCAACCUAAUGGAUGUCCAACAUCAUCGAGCACGAGAAAUCAUGCUGUUGUUAUCGUUGGUUAUGGAGUAGAUACGGUAACAAAUAUUCCUUACUGGAAAGUAAGAAAUAGCUGGGGAAACACUUGGGGUGAAGCGGGCUAUUUUCGAAUCCGACGUGGUGUCAAUAUGUGCGGAAUCGAAUCCGAUGCAUAUUACAUUGCAAAACGAGCUUAA